AUGUCCAAUAGCACCUACUCAAAAAGACCAAGUACCAAACGAUCGGGAACUCCGUCCAAGAACGGUUCAACUAAGUGCACUCCCAGAGAAACUGUAAGUUUAACUCGAGUUUGUUACUUGAUGCCACUCUCUGUUUUUGUUGUUUUGCUUGUUGGGUGCAAAACAGAUAAAUUUACUGGGAACUGUGAGUAGUGCCUACCGCUGGGAGCAAUUAGUCGUUUUUUGAGAACGUCUGUGCACGUCCUUGGCUUCACUCAACUGGAGAAUCACUAAAACUAGAGAAACUUUGGGUUUCCAUGAUCCUGCUAAAUAGGAUAACAUUUGAAAGUCUAUGCACUUCAUUUGAAAGGCAAACUAUUGAAGUUCGAAGAGGAAACUCAUACGCUGAGAUGAAUUUCCAUAUCAGAUUACACAUUUCAUUUCCAGCCAUCCAUCCAAUGCUUCCUCUUCUUCUUCCUCUUUUUUUCUCUACACGGAAGCAUUGACGCGUGGUGGCAAAAUGAAUAAAUUGCAUGAAUUAUUGAGAAAUUACACACCGGCACACCGAAUACCAAUUGUAAUUCGAAACGUAGUGUUUCGAAAGAAAAUGAAAGGCGCGUGUUUAAACAUUAUUAGGUUUGCAUUCCGAUGAGGGGGUACGGUAGCGUGAAUAAUGGAAAUGAGUGCUCAUUGUGACAUGUGUGAGAAAAAAAAUGAGUCGGGAAAAGAAAAGGAUCGAAAAACCGGGGAGGAUGAAGAAGAUGAAAGCAUUCACAAGGUGCAUUUGUCAAUUUUUUUCACACAAUUCCCCGAUGGAUUAGUUUGAAAACAACGCGGAACAUGCAUAAUCUGAUGUUCUGGAAGAUUUCUGGUCGAUAAAGAAGAAGAGGGAUAUUUCCUGAGGGACGUGAGGCCCGAAUAAACAUGGUUAAUUUGAAAUAUCUCAUUUAUUGACUUUUCACUUCGAAUUUAAAGAGGAAGAACAUGAGAAAUAACCAAACUUUGAAUUUUGGGCCGAUUUUAGAUCUCAUUUAUUGUUUUUCAGACUCAAAUCACCGCGAGCAACUGCAAGAACAAAAUCGAAGGUAACUAAAAGAGCUCCCAGCCAGCUCAUCCUUUUCAUUUUCAGAAUACAAGCGUGCGUUCAACUUUUUUGACGCGAACAACGAUGGCCGAAUCACGAUAGACGAGCUGGAGAAGGCGAUGCAAAAGUGUGGUCAAAGACCGACAAAACUGGAGCUCCGUCUCAUCAUGUAUCACGGAGACAACGAUCGUAAGUUUUAUUAGGUUUCUCGAUUAUUGGUCCCUAUAUUCCCCGACGUGUUUAUUCUCCACUUCUUGAACUCAUUUCCGUUCCAUACAUCAAAAACCUCGCUGCUCUCAAUUUGAAUGCAAAUAGGGUAGUCUGAAGGGAAGAGCGGCGGUGAAUCAUGCUCUCCAUUUUUUUUUGUUGCCGAACUUCCAUCAUUCUCGGUUUGGGUUCAAAUGCAUUUAUUUUCCAUUCAUGCGAAUUGCGGGCUGCCACUUCCCAUGAAUCUUCGAGCCUAACUCGAUUCUGUCUGUUCAAAAGCAUUAGAGUAAAAGUCAAACGCCACUUCUCAAUUGUUAUUUUCAGAAAACGGAGUGAUCACCUUCGACGAGUUCGCACAUCUCAUGAACGGAACGUCGUCGAUGAGCAAUUACACGUAUGACCAGCUCCGCGAGCAAUUCGACAUGUUCGAUAAGGUUGGUUGGAAAAAAUGACACAUGUCAAUCACAAUAAAAAUCACGGAUUUGAAUUUACAUUUAUAUUCCUUUUUGUUCUAUUUCCGGUCACUAAAUUGUGGGGAGCCAAACUUGUCCAACCUUGAUUGUUUUUUCAGGACAAGGAUGGGUUCAUUGAGAAAAUGGAAAUGAUUUCAAUCGUCCGCGAGCUGUCGCUCCAGGCCUCGUUUCCACGUCAAGUUGUUGAGCAACUCUUCAACGAGGCCGACAUUGACGGGGACGGAAAAAUUUCGUUCGAAGGUUGACAUAAAACUGAAAAAGGUUGAAAAACAAGGAAGCUCAUUCAGAAUUCGUUCUUGCGGUGAACUGA